AUGCCUGUCCGUGUGGCCGGAAAAGCCAUUCGUGACUUAGAGUAUCUCCAUUCUAAGGUAAUAUUAUCGGAUCUUUUCGAUGGAAACUCUCCAAAGAUCUACAAAGACCUCGAGAGAACUUUGGAGGCUUCCGAAAAGUAUCUGAAUGACAACGACACCGUCAUUUUCGCUUCCGCCACCUUAAAGCGAAUCCUCGUCAUUAUCCAAGAGUCGAAGAAACCCCUUCCUGGUCAGUACUGGAAUCCGAUCAUUCUCCAUAUCAGACGAAUCUGGGACUAUACAGCGGAUCGUGUUUGUCACGAUUCAGUUGACACAUUCGCACUUCUUCUCGAACUCCAUCUGAGACAAUGUGUUGACUGUUUGGAUAGACCAGCGACAGAUAGCCAUGCAAAUUGCGAUUGGAUAAAUGAGAUCACUCAGUGGCUGCUUGAACCGACAUCUCUGUGCCGCUCUCGUUUUCGAUGCAUAACUCAUCUCGUCGUUCAAUGCCCGACGUUGAGAUUGAAUUUGGGAGAGGAUUUCUUUCACCGAACAUACCCACUUCUCUCGAAUCCAACGUUUUCUUCUGUGAUUUUCCAACUUAUCGUGGAUAACAUAUUUGAUAGAGACGAGUUGUGGGAUUAUCAUUGUGAGAUGUUGCUGACUUCCAUCGAUGCAAAGCUGAUCAAAUCUCGUUUGAUUCCGAUGAUUCAGAAGUAUCAUCCAUCGAAUACAGCAUCGACGAGCAAACAGAAACAACAGAAGCCACUCGAGUCUGAUACUGGUGUCAAAUUUCUGAAUCAGCUCCUUAUUCAGUUGAAUUCACCGAGUUCCCAGAGUGACUUGCAAUCUCGGCUCGAAAUCGUGCACGCUCUCGUCGUCACCACUUGGCCGAAGAAGAAAAUGAAGGACAACGAACCAGCGAAUCUCAUUGACUUUUCCAACUGGACUCAAUGCAUUACCGAUGACACAAUGAGCGCAGCAAUAGUUCAUGUGAAUACCGAUGUUCGACUUGCUGCUUUCAAGCUGGUUGUAGAGAAUCCUCGUAAAACAAUUGCAUUCAAUGAAACUGAUAUCGAAUAUAUCAAGACAUUCCUUGCAUCAAAUAUGACAAUUCAAAGUCCAAGUUCUCGUCAGCAACUUAUCGCAGCAUACAAAUUUAUGUGUCAGAGAAUGGGUGCUUCUGCCGAGGUUCCGAUGAAGACUGUAAUGCCGACAGAGUUAGAUUCGGAUUCAUUCAGUCCCGAUUCGUCCAGUUUCGAAAGCCGUGGAUUGUCAAAAUGGAGAUUCGGAAAAGAUGCGAAUUUACACCCAAUUCCAGAGUCUUAUAUUGCAUUGGCUCGUUGGAUGGCGAAACUGGCGUUCGAAUCGUUGUCUCCAAAAGCAAAUUACUAUAGGAGAAUCAUGGCAUUGAUGCAGAUCGACACACUCUUCACAAAAGAAAACUUUAUUACUGACGGGAAGAAUCUUUUCGCUGAUAAAUUGAAUCUGGAUAGCACUCUUGGGUCUGAUCGACAUAAGCUAGUUCUUGAUUGCCUCGAUGAUUCCUACGAUCUCGUGCAAACGAUUGCACUGAGUCUAUUGAAAAGACUGGAUUUCGGGAACAUCAAGAUGAACGAGGAAAAAUAUUUGAAUGAUGCUGUUGAACUGAUGACUUCAACUAGAUCCAGAAAUGCGACAUCAGCUGGAUUCCGGAUGCAAUACUACUUGGCAAGACAGCCAGAACGAUAUGCAGCCUGUUUCGAACGGUUCAUGGAUGAUCUGAAGAAAAGAGCAGAAGCGGCCGAGAUAGAUCUUCUGAGCGUCACAACUCUGCCUGUCCACUCGAUUUUAAAUAUGAUCGAACUUCUUCUCAAAAAUCCAUCAGGACUUGAGGAAGAUUCAACGGAAUUCUACCGUAAUCAAUGUCUCGAUAAACUUCUUCCAAUUUGCCACAAAAUCGUGUCAAUUGUUUCCCCGGUGGUCCACAGCUUGUCGCCUGAAGGGUGCAUUCCUGAUGAAAUGCUACGUACGAUGUGUGGAAAGUCGACCGACAGAAUGGCUGAACUUUCUCAACACUUGUUAGUGUGUUGCUGGAGAGCUCACAAGCAUGUUUCCGGAAUUUUCUCGUGGGUGGUUGAAACACUUGCACCGAAAGAGAUUGUCACGAAAGAGGAAAUCGAAGCUAUCGGAACAUUUUAUUGGACACAACUGACAGAAUGUAAACAUCGCGGAGCUUUUGAAUCGGCUACUGAAGGAUUCUCUCAGCUUUGUACAUUCCUUUGGAAUACCACAAUCGAAGGACUUCCGAAGCCAAUGGAAUGGUUAGAUGAGAUUCUUUCUGCGAUUCGCGGAGAGAAAGACCUCACUAACUUGUGUUCUACUAGGAGAAGUGCUGGAUUACCACAUCUUGUUCUUUCGAUUGUGGCAACCGAACCAAAGACAAAUGAGAAUGAAGCGUUGACCAAAGCAACAGAUUCAUUGCUGAAUAUGGAAGGAAAAGCAGCUGAGUACCGAGUUCAUUCGAUGAAUGUUAUGAAGACUAUGAUUCAAAGUUCAACACUCCACGAGAGAGCAGUAUACUGUUAUGGAAGAACUCUCCGUGUGGCUAUUGAUGCUUGUCGUGCUGAUUGGAGUGAACGGAAUGCAGCUUCUCAGCUAUUUGCUGCUCUUCGCACUAAAAUUUUUGGAGUGAUGAGGUCUGCACAACGAACACUCUCUGUUGACCCGAAGAAUCGGAAGAGUAACUACGAGUUCUUCUCCAAAUUCCCGAGUCUUUACAAGUUCCUCUACGAUCAAUUGCAAAUGGAACAAUCCGAAUUCUCAUUGCUCCCUCCAUUGGUUGUGUUGAGCCAUCUCUACACUCCAUCAUCGUCUUCUGAUUUGUAUCCAUUGGGUUCGUUCAUAAAACCACUUCUUGUAAUCGCUCUCCGGGAUAAAAGAGAGAACAUUCGUGCUCACGCCGUCGCUGCGAUUCUUGCAAUUUCUGAUGUUUACGCGAAAGAGGAUUUAUGUCGAUGGGUUGGACAAUUCGAUUUUAAGAACGCUCGACAGAAUCACAUUCACAGUUUUUUGUUGCUUCUUGAAGGACUCGGAGGAUAUGUGGAAUAUGUUGGAAGAAUCGUUUUCAUCGUGGAAAAUAUUUUGGCCUCUUUGGAGUUCAAGAAAUGGUGUGAUUUCAACAUAAACCAGCUUCUUAUCAUCGCGAAUGCUUAUGGACUUGAAUAUGAUGUUGAUGAGAUUACAGUUGAUCAAGUGUGCCUCUCGAAGCGGCCUCUCGCUGUGAAAAUUCUUGGUGAUCGCGAUGCAUUCAAGUCGGAGAUGUGCCGGAUGCUCAGAAAUGUAGAUACAAGGCGAGAAGUGUACCGAACGAUUUACAAACAAGGAUGGGACUCUUGCAACAAGUUCCUUCGAGCACACAUCAUCAAUAUCGCGAUAAAAGAUUUGAGUAGCCCAGAUAUCCAGCAAUGCGACGCAAAGAGGAUCAUGGAAAUCCUCACAUAUGUCACCGAUGAAUUCAUGAGCAAAGAGAAUGCUCAAAAAAUGGUGGAAGUUGUCGAAAAACGUCUCGAGGAUCCUGAAAACAACUGGACAUUGCCGUCGACAAUGGCGUAUGCAACAAAACUCAAGUAUGGAAACUAUUUGUAUCCGGAUUACGAAUUGAUCACUUGGAUUCGAGAGAGCUAUGAGUUGGAUGAUCCAGAGACGAAACAGAUUGCCUUGGAUGUCGGAGGCAGGUUUAUUUAUCGAGUGCCAUCAAAGCGAUCUUAUACAGAUCAAGAGAAAGAUCUGAUCGCAGCCGUCGCACUCUACCUCCAAGAUGAAUCGGACUUCAUUCGACAAAGAACGUCGUGCUACCUUGGGCAUUUGGUUCGAAACAGUGGAGACUGUGAAAUCAAUCCGGAAAUUUGCCGGCUUCUAAUCAUCAAAUGGUGUCUCAACGACGGAAACGAGAACCUCGAACGUUUCUCGACGGACAAAAAGAGACGAGUAGAAGAUGUAAUUUUGGCAUCAAGCGCAAUUCGGUGGCCAUUUCCAAAGAACCAAACCGAACAUUUGCAGAGAGAUGAUCUCUUCGAUGCCUGCGCGGUUAAUCAGUUCGAGGAGUACCAACUGUUUGGGGACAUCCCUAUGUACGAGGUUAGCAUCGGUUUCAACGGAUACAACCAGGAAAUGUACGACAUCGAAUACUAA